CAAACUAUGCGCGUGGCGCUCGCUCCAGCGGGCCGCGAGGGCCCCCUCUUAUAAGCGGCGCCGAGCCGCGUAUCUCCACUGCUGCCCUGGUCGCCCGCAGGCAUGGAGUUGCAGGAGGAACAGCUGACCGAGGAGCAGCGCAACGAGUUCAAGGCCGCCUUCGAGAUGGUGGUGCAGGAGAGCGAGGACGGCCGCCUGAGCUGCCGCGAGCUCGAGAGCGUGAUGCGCAUGCUGGGACAGAGCCCCUCGCCAGAAGAGCUCGCCGCCAUGAUCGACGAGUUCGACGAAAACGGCACGGGCACCAUCGGCUUUGAGGAGUUCCUGGAGAUGAUGGUGAGGUGCAUGAAGGAGGAGGGGAAGGGCAAGUCCGAGGAAGAGCUCAGCGACCUCUUCCGCAUGUUCGACAGGAACUCAGAUGGGUACAUCGACCUGGAGGAGCUCAAGGGGAUGCUGGAGCAGACGGGGGAGAAGGUGGGCGAGGAUGAUGUGCAGGCGCUCAUGAACGAUGGAGACAAAAACAAGGACGGGCGAAUCGACUAUGACGAGUUCAUCGAGUUCAUGAAGGAGGUGGAGUGAUCGCCGCGGAGGCGCCAUGGCGAGCCUGGGGACCUCGCGCUCUGCCGCGUCUCCACGACCCCCGCGACGACCCCCGCGCUGCCCUGCGGCCCUCCGCAAGCAGCAGGAGGGGCAGCCACGGCACGCUAGAGCCACCACCACCACCACCCCACCCGCCCAGAGAGCUGGGCAGCUGACCCAGUCCCUCCCUGUCUUUCUUUGCUCACCUGGUGCAGUCAGGUGCCGUGUCGCUACUCUCAGAACAAACUACCAUCAACCCCGCGUGCGAUCCCCCAACCCCCUCGCCCCCCCACCCCGACUUGCGCGAGGUCCCCGUGAGAAAUCUGCGGUCUCGUAGCCAAGAGCGCAAUCAGCAAACGCGCUGCCGCGGUCGCUGCCCUGUUUCAAUGGCUUCACGAGGCCACGCGGUUGAGAGUUGAAAUCGAUCGUGGGGAUCCCUGCCGCGCUGAACCCUUCGACGCGAGUCGGGGGCCUCUCGGGUCGACCAGGCGGUGGGGCGCCUCGUUAAGCUUCGCUCGCUCCGCGUGUUUGGAGCUGCUGUGCGUGACGACGUUUAAAUGUAAAUGUGCCCUUUGUCUACUACGCAGAGGAAUAAAUGUUCAUGUUGUUUCAUAAAACAUGGGGUUGGUUUUUUGUUGA